AUGGCAAUGUCAACUUCAUGCAUCCUCAUUCUCGCUGUGCUGCUCAUCUUUAGCGACGGGUUCCACGGAGCCGUCGCUAAAACCGAACCGCUCGAUUUCAACAAGCACAGGGUCGACGGGAACUGCGGCGAGAUUGUCGACGCCAGCCCCGAAAUGAGAGUUGAGGCAUUGAGAUCCUUAGAUCUUGCGAUCGACGUCGCGACCAAAGACAAGAAACCCAACACAUGCGCAAUGGCAACGGGUUCUUCGAUCUUCGCAGCUGCGAAUUGCUCGAAGGCGCUCAGUAAAGAUAAGAGGAUGGACGAUUGCAGACAUUGCCUCUUCAAUGCUCAGUUCCGUGCGGUGGACAAGGAGUGCCCGCAGAAAUUCGGGGGUUGGAUCAAGCUCGUCGACUGUUACGUGAGGUACGACACCUACAAAUUUUGCGAGUGA